AUGACUGAGAACUCUUCAAUUCCACGAUCUUUCGAGAUCAUUUCCUCCCUUCGCUUUGACCCAGGCCUUUCAGAUGCCGCCUGUCGCUAUGAAUCGAGCUAUCCUCAUCCUCACAAAUCUCCAUACUACCUCCUCGCCUAUCACCAAGAUCGGCUUAUAGCUGCUGCGGCUCAUUUCGAAUGGAACCGGGCUCUAAAUUGGCUGCGACAAGACUUGCAAGGCUUCGAAGAAUUCCUUGACGCGUCAAUUCCAGACCGAAGCAAACCGUGGAGGCUUCGAAUUGUUGUGAAUAGCAAAGGGAAGACGAUGGUCGAGGCAAGCCCAACAGCGAGCAUUGACCUAAUGAGUUUAUUCAUUCCCUCUCUACAUACAAACCCGAGCCUGCCGAUAUGGCGCGUCUAUGUCGACACCCACUCAACAAAUCCUUCUGGCUUCACCACACAUAAAACAACGGCGCGUGAUGACUACACGUCUGCACGGCUGAGGGCCGGGAUUAAUUCACCGACAGACCUUGCGGAGAUACUGAUUGUGAACCCGGAUGGCGAGGUUAUGGAGGGCAGCAUCACUACGCCGUACUUCUUACGGGACCAUAUGUGGAUCACGCCUCCACUGAGCAGCGGCGGCAAUGCAGGUACAACACGGAGAUAUGCAUUAUCCCAGGGUUUUUGUCUAGAACACACCAUAUCCCGGGAUGAGAUUGUGGAUGGCGAAUUGUGUUGGUUGAGCAACAGCGUAAGGGGGUUCAUUCGCGGUCAGGUCAUAGCCAAGUAA